CAGCUUGUCCCAAACAGCCAGCGAGCCAUGGGCAUGCACGGACACCUCACCUUCCUCCUCCUCAGCCUCUAUGCCCCGGGGACAUUCGUCAGAGCGACAGCCCUGCCUGACCUGCCACGCGUGGUGGCCCUGAGUGAGGACACAGUUCCAGGCACUCGCAUCGCUGAGGUGACCGUGUCCUGCAGCAACUCAAGCAGCAGUCCCAAUGUCACCCUGGCCAGCAUCGAGCCCGACCACCCAUUCAACUCCAUCGCCAUCAGCUCUGACCCCACGGAUGCCACCACGUUCCGGGCAGAGGUGACACUGCGUGCUGGUGCAGAGCUCGAUGCCCGCCGGGUGAACCAGUACACACUGAUCCUGCGGGCUGCUUGUCCUGGUGAGGACGAGGUGGAAGAGCGGCUCUUUGUCCGGGUGACAGCAGGGCAUGUGCUGCACUGUGACACCUCCUUUGCCAGCGCAGGUAGGAACAGGGGGCACAGGGCAGUGGGGGCUGUGCGUGCCAGCCAGCACCAAGCCCCCACAGCUGUGCUGUGCUCCAGAAGGUGGUGUGGUGCAGGUGCUGGCAGAUGUGGCACCUCGGACACCCCUGUACGCGGUGCUGCCACAGCCACUUGGCGGGCUGACGGUGAGUGGCAGCUCCCUGGGGGGCCACACCCCCACAGAAGGGAGCAGCCUUGGAGACAGCAGAACCCCAGGUAUGGAGCAGUGGGACAGGGGUUCCCAUCACCCUCCUUUCUGCAGUUCAGGCUCCGAAACCACAACACACCACUCACGCUUACCCGCUGGGGCCUGGUGCUGGCACCUGACAAUGGUUUUGAUCCCAGCAAGGACACCCAGACGUUCCAGCUGGAGAUUGAGGUGAUGGAUCGUCACGGGCACAACUGCAGCAGGGCUGUAAGGGUGGAGGUGCUGCCAUCACGCCGUCCCCGCGUCACCUUCCCUGAGCCACACCGGGCUGUGACAGUGACAGAAGCCAUUGGCCCCUUGGAAGUGGUCACUCAGGUCCAUGCCAGAGGGGACAAUGUCCGCUAUGCCAUCCUUGCUUCUGUGACUCCCACGCUCUUCACCAUUGAUGAGGUGACAGGUGAGAUCCGCAGCACCCGCCGGCUGGAGAAGAUCCAUGCCCACCUCCUCAUCCGGGCUUACAACGCGCUGCACCCCGACGACCACGCCACCGCCACGGUCAAUGUCACUGUGCAGGGGACAGACCGCCAGGCGCCAAGAUGUCACCCAGCCAUCUUCGUGUCCCAGGUGGCCGAAACCGAGUCGCCCGGCAGCACCUUGGUGACGCUGAGGUGCACCCCCACCAGCAGUGACGGGUGUCUGCACUAUGCUCUCGAGGGGCCUCCCUCCUCCCGCUCCCACCUCUGCAUGGAGGGGCCGCAGCUGAAGGUCAACUCCACCCUGGACUAUGACUCGGAGGCCAUGGCUGCUCUGGGCUUCCAGUUCACGGCCACCAUUGUGGUGACAGUGGGAGGACAGCCCCUACAGAGCACCCGUGUGCCUGUGCUUGUGACGGUGACACCUGUCAACGAAUUCAGACCGGCGUGCCCCAGCAGUGCCACCUUCACCGUGCCAGAGACGGCAGCUUUUGGCAGCGUGGUGGGGCGUGUGGCUGGCACUGACCGUGACUACCCCCCGGACAGCCUCGAGUACAGCCUGGAGGGGGGGCCCGGCCCCGCACAGCCCUUCUCCAUCGACAGGCGCACUGGCGAGAUCCGCGUGGUGGGACCGCUGGACUCGCAGCAGCACAAGAGCUACAGGCUGCUGGUGCGGCUGACGGACAGCCACAAUGACCUGGACCCCGGGAAGAGGCAGAGCCGUCUGUGCGACGUGUCUGUGCGCCUGCAGGCUGUGCCGGACCAGCUGCCGGUGUGCAUCCCCGAGGUGCAGGAGCUGCGGGUCACGGCUGGGCCCCCGGGCAGCCGCCAGCCCGUCACCCGCCUGGCGUGCCACGGCGGCCCCGACAGCGCCGGGCUGACUUACAGCAUUGUUGGAGGCAAUGAAGAUGGGCGCUUUCGGCUGGAAGGGAGCACCCUCGUCUACCUGCCCAGUGACCGAGCCGAGCCCCAGCCCUUUGUCCUGCUGGUGGAGGUGGCAGGCGGCUCUGGUGGCCGCCGCCGCAGCAGCGUGGUGGCACUGGUGGUGCACGUCACCCCCCGGAGCACCCCGGUGCCCCCCAGCACCAGCACCCAGCACACGACGCUGCAGAAGGAGCCGCUGGUUGUCACGCAGACAGAGGCAGUGUGGCACCCGCCAGCCUGGUUUGUGGCCGUGCUGACCAUCUCUGGUGUCCUGCUGCUGGCCACCCUGGGCUGCCUGGCCCGGAGCCUGCUGUGCAGCAACCGGGCCCCUGGCAAGCAGUUCCUGGCCAAGAGCUCCUGGGAUGUGGUGGAGAACAGCAGGGGAAAGGAGGAGCAGGGGCACCCACAUGCCAGCAGCCCAGGGCAGUUCCACGGCCAUGCUCAGGACCCACGCGCCGGCAGGGACUGUCUCUUCAGCAGCGUGGCCGGGGCUCGGCGCUGGAUCUGAAGGGCUUGACUUGCCGGGGGGCUCCUGGUGACCCGCAGCCCCGUGUGGGCUGUGCCGGGCAGAGCAGGGGACACUGGCAGGCAGCUGCUGCGGCCCCCGAGGAGGAGACCCAUCCUUUGUGGCCAAACCUGCUGCACUCGGGGUGCAGUCACACCCUGAGCCGCCUCAGCCAGCGCAGACCUAAUAAACGCUGUCCGAGAUUGCA